GUUUCCUGCUUCCUUCUGCUUCUGCUGCCUGCCAUCCGUUGAGCUCUAUCGGCCGAGUCAACCGCAUACCAAAGCUACAUGUCAGAUGAUGCACUAAGGGUGGUUUUUAAGAAACACCACCCGCUGUGCAAUGCUGGUGCUCGGAGUGCGUCUUGUAGCUGUAUGUUUGGAAAGAUAGACUGAGAGCAGACAGCAGGAAGCUGACGAGAAAAACAGAACUGUGCAAGACAGACGCACAGGAGGCCACGGUUCUCCCUCAAACACACACAUACAUCAUCAGGGCCUUGAUGGUGAUGUAUGCAAGGAAACCAACAAGAGUCAGCGAUGGGAGCAACGACAGAAGGGAUUCACAAUCCUAUCAGACCCAUAAAUCUCAGCCAAAAAGCCAGUCCAGCAGCCUUCACCGCUUCAACAAGGUUCGAGAUGGCUCAUCUGACCCUGCGCCCCCCUAUAAGGUGUUGCGACGGUCAGACGAGAGUCCUGUCAGCAGACACAGUGAAGGCACUGGGCAUGGCAAGGCCAAACCCUCUCAUGCUGUUAGAGGAAAAAAUGGGAUCAGUGGCUCUCCUCAGGAGGCAUCUCACAACAACAGCUCCUACCAAGCAACCGAAUCUCCCGCAAGUCAGAGCAAACCUCCAGACCGGGACCCUGCUGAUGACUGGACAGAACACAUUAGCUCCUCUGGCAAGAAGUACUACUACAACUGUAGAACGGAGGUGUCCCAGUGGGAGAAGCCCAAGGACCUGCUGGAGAGGGAACAAAGACCGAAAGAUUCGGUCAGAAUGGUGGCUAACAGUUUCCCCAAGGACAUGGACUACAGACAAGAGGCGCUGCAGGACAAAGCCACAUCUAAGACAGCAUUGGGGGACCAGUCCACAUUGUCAAACUGCGGCCAAUCCUCCUCCUCCGCCGCUUCCUCUCAGAGCUUAAACUCAGCUGGAGGUGCUUUAGGUUCAGCCCCCUCCAACGUGUCCUCCUGCUCCUCCUCUAUGGGACAGGGGCAGUCCCCGUCACCUGCUCUUCACCAGGACCCCGCUCUCCUGCAUCAGCUCCUCCCAGCGCUGCAGGCCACUCUGCAGAUGAACAAUGGCAGCAUGGACAUGGCCAAGCUCAACGAGGUCUUGGCAGCUGCGGUUACCCAAGCCUCCUUGCGGUCUGUGCUUCAUAAGCUCCUCACUGCUGGACCUGCUUUCAACAUCACUGCUCUGCUCUCCGCUGCUCAACAGUCCAACCAAGCCCAGCAGCCCAGUCAGUCCCCAGUGUCUCUGACGGCAGACGCCUCAUCACCUCGGCCAUACGUCUCACCUCGGAAUGGCACCCCGCAGAACAACCAGAAGUCCCUUUUGGGCUUGCACACUGGCAGCGUCGUUCCCUCGCAAACCAGGGGAGGUGGGUCUUCGGGGAAGCAGGGAGCUCAAACUUUGUGUCAGACAACAGAAAAACGACCAGAAGACCCAAGAACUCUGCAGCAGAGAAGCAGCCAAGAGAUUCCGUGCACGGGAUCAAACCCAUCUGCCUUGCCCAACACGUCCUCCACCAGCAGCAGCCAGACCCUGUCCAACCCCCCUGCCUCCUUCACUCCCACCCUGGCAGCUCAUUUCGAUGAGAACCUCAUCAGACACAUUCAAGGGUGGCCUUCAGAGAAUACUGAAAAGCAGGCAGCUCGGCUAAGAGAGGACUUCCACAACAUGGGCACGCUGUACAUGUCCGAAAUCUGCACAGAGAUGAAAAAGCUUCGCUCCCUGGUGAGAGUGUGUGAGGUUCAGGCCACGCUGAGGGAGCAGAGAAUCCUGUUUCUGAGGCAGCAGAGCAAAGAGCUGGACAAACUGAAGAACCAGAACUCCUACAUGGCGUGAGGACACGGGAAAAGACUCGGAUAGUCGGCGGGCAAAACAAACCUUAACAUGGACAGCAAGCUGCUGCAGCCUCUUCUCAUUCUCUACUGUUAGAAAACAGACAAGAUUUUUUUCUUCUUUUCUUUAGAUUUUUGUUUCCCGCGUCCAGCACACGAACAACCUUCACCGAAAAGUCCAACUGAUGACCGAUUUGAGUGUAGAGACAUCAAGUGGACACAGUAGAACCAAGGCUUUUUGCAAACGGCACCUUCUUGGACCAGACUUUGGAUUGUGUGUAUCGUGUUGGGUUGCCUUGUUUUCUGGUGUGUUUUGAUGUGCAGUGGUGGGGACCAUCUAAUAAAUGUGGCAGGUCUUUAAGGAGGGCGGACAAGCUCACCGGCUUGUCACGCUUCUUAUUUGGACUUUUUCAUGCAUUUGAAUGUGUGAGUUCUUAGCCGCUGAUGUUUCUGGUUUUUUUUUUAUUCACUCUGCUUAUAAAUUGUCAUCCUGUCGCGUCUCAAGCUGGUUGGUUUAACUUGUCAUAAGACAGUGGAAAAUAUUUUGGACUAGGCCUUUUGGAAAGUACUGACAACAGACAAAAGUACCAGUUGAUGCAAAGUUGAUCCGAGUCGCUCCUCUAGUGGGAGGAACCCACCGAUGGUUUGGUCCAACACACUAGAAACUUGUGAAAGCCGUGAUGGAUAAAAGUUGCUGGACCUAUGUUGGCUGCUACGGUUGUUUUCAUCUUUUUCUCAUUCCUUCUAAAGCUUAUAGACGAUUAUUAAUAGUUUUAUUCAUCCAGGUUCCAAUACUGCAUUCCUUUUAUUUAGCUUGUGAGGGCGUUUUGUAAAAGAAAAACAGAAUUUACAGACCUGUCAAGCUAAAUUACUGUUGCACGUGAUUGUUAGCAUAUGAUUGAUGGAGAAAAAAGUACUAAAAAUAAUUUGUGUUUUGUUUAAUUUGUUGGUUUUGUUGUUGUAGCAGCAGCUCUUUUAUCAGCUGACUCUAGCCAGGAACGGGGCAGCAUUUGUUAUUUUUAGGGGUGACCCCCUACCGGAGUUCUUUUUCUACCAAGGUCACAUUUAACACCAGUCUUCACAGUUUAACAAGUGCUUUUGUCUGAUCCUCCUUGAUCUUUUAAUAGUUUCCAUCAGAUCUGAUGUGCACAUGUUUUUGAGGGUGGGGGGGGGACCGGGCUUGGGAGCUUUGUAAUCCAUAAAAUAUGUGAAUAAAUACUAUCCUGCUUCC